UAUAUGACUACGAAGAGAUCCAAAAAUGUCGACUAGUAGUACACUUAGUAACUAUUAUGUAGACUCUAUAAUAGGACACGAAGCAGAGGACGUGUAUGGAGCUCGUUUUGUUCAGAGCUCGCACACUGCGACCUCAAGGCCAUCAGGUGCAGGAGAUAAUGCAGAUUUUUCGUCUUGUAGCUUUGCAUCCAAAUCCGCCGUCUUCCCCACGUCUUGGUCCUCGGUUCAUCCACAGUCCACAGCCGUUUCAGGGAUUUACCAUCCCUAUGUACACCCGUCCCAGCUCGCAGGCACAGAAAACAGAUAUGUCCGCUCCUGGAUAGAUCCAAUCUCCAACUCCGUUUCUUUUUCCGGCUUCCAUCCAAGCAGUCGACACUACGGGACAAAGCCCGAAAGUUUACCGUCGAAAAGGACUGAGUGCGCCGCAUUCGAAGCACAGACUCCUGUUGUUCCGGACUACAUUUGUGGAACAGUAUUGGAAAACAAGGGUAAAGCAAUCAAAGAACCGAUUGCCAACGAGAUUUCGAGCCACGGUGAGCCCAAAGAAGAGAAGCAGCAGCAACUUGACCCAAGCAACCCAGCUGCUAAUUGGAUUCAUGCACGUUCCACAAGAAAGAAGCGAUGUCCUUACACAAAGUAUCAGACCCUAGAACUGGAAAAAGAAUUCCUUUAUAACAUGUAUCUGACAAGAGAUCGCCGUUACGAAGUUGCUAGAAUUCUUAAUUUGACUGAAAGGCAGGUAAAAAUCUGGUUCCAAAACAGAAGAAUGAAAAUGAAAAAGAUGAACAGAGAGAGGGGCAGUAAGGAUCAACAAUGACUAACGUCAGACUCAAAGAGCAAGGACUGAACUGUUUUACACCCUCUUUGAUGUAUAUGUGGUAUCAAGUAAUGUGCUAGAAUAACACUUUGAUUAGGAGCCUGUGUAUCAAAUAUUGUUGAGUUUGUUUGUCCAUACAUGUUAUGGAAAGGUUAAAAUGUCUACACAUGUGCUUUAUUGCUUUUUAACAAAAUAAAUGUUGAGUCUUAAAAUUGA